GAGAGUGGCCCGUCGUCGGCACGAGCAUAGAUAGCGAGGAACAGCUGCAGAGAAGCUCUCGUUCAGUCAAUUACACCGCAUAGCUCAUACAAUAUUACCAGUUCUUCCCCAAAAACAAAUUAUAUCGUCCAAACCAUAACCAUCCAAUAUGGUUGACCGUGAGCAGCUGGUUCAAAAAGCCAGGCUGGCUGAACAGGCAGAGAGAUAUGAUGAUAUGGCAGCAGCCAUGAAAUCGGUAACCGAGCUGAACGAGGCCUUGUCCAACGAAGAGAGGAACCUGUUGUCGGUCGCCUACAAGAACGUGGUAGGCGCUCGUCGCUCGUCCUGGAGGGUCAUCUCCAGCAUCGAGCAGAAGACCUCGGCGGAUGGCAACGAGAAGAAGAUCGAGAUGGUGAGGGCCUACCGCGAGAAGAUUGAGAAGGAACUGGAGGCCGUGUGCCAGGACGUGCUCAACCUAUUGGAUAACUUCCUGAUCAAGAACUGCAACGAAACCCAGCACGAGAGCAAGGUCUUCUACCUGAAGAUGAAGGGAGACUAUUACCGUUACUUGGCCGAGGUGGCCACAGGCGAGAAGCGCUCCACCGUGGUGGAGUCCUCCGAGAAGGCCUACAACGAGGCUCACGAGAUCAGCAAAGAGCACAUGCAGCCCACUCACCCCAUCCGGCUGGGAUUGGCCCUCAACUACUCCGUCUUCUACUACGAGAUCCAGAACGCCCCGGAGCAGGCCUGCCACCUGGCCAAGACGGCCUUCGACGACGCCAUCGCCGAGCUCGACACCCUCAAUGAGGACUCCUACAAAGACUCAACCCUCAUCAUGCAGCUCCUCCGAGACAACUUGACACUGUGGACGAGUGACCAGCAAGACGAUGAGGCUGGGGAGGGCAACAAUUAAAAGUGGACGGCCUCUCUAUCUAGAUACAUAAAAACGGCUGGUGGACUUUGGCAGCAGCUUUUGCCAUGGUUUCCUCUGCAGCAGCAGUUCUUUAUUUUUCCACGAGUUAAAAGAAAAAAAUAUCAAGGGUGGUAAAGGGGGGGCUGAAGUCCUAGUUUGAAUAUAUACAGAAAUAUAUAUAGUUGAAUGGGCCUCCCUCUUCUUGGUUCUCUUUGACAUUUGCCAAAACCACUGAAAUGUCAGUCAAUCAGCCGGAAGCGGUCGUUGUUGGUUGGGAGUGGCAGCCUCACACUGGCACAUGGACUGAUGUAUUUCAAAGGGAUGCUGCUUAUUUAUGUUUUGGGUCGUAGAAAUGCAUUUCAAAAGAGGGUUAGGUGGUGUUCGAACGAAGGCUAACGAUGGUAUUAAAUGGUUCCAGUAUUAGUCACAAGUUGACCUGUUCGAAUCAUCUUGGUUUGCACUCAAUUGAUUGAACUGGAAAUUCAAUUAGCUAUUAGACGGAAGCGCGGCGAAUGAAAUUGUGUUCUUUGAAUGCGCCAAGAGAGAUAUACAAUCAUCAUAAUCAGUCUGAUACUACUGGAACCAUUGACCUUUUUGAAGGACAGUUUGGGGAAAAGGCAGAGACUGGAUUAAAAAUAAAUAGGAAAAAUGUUGCAGCUUAAAAGUUUGUGGUUUACUUCUGUGUUUAAUUUAUUUUUGCACUUGCCAAGUAUACUGUUUCGUCAGUGUCAGAUAAUUACAACGAUACUAUCAAUGAUUCAAUAUUGUGCAUGCUGGUGAUGUAUUUAUACAAUAGCUUGACUUUAUUAACUUAUAUCUUGGAUGUUAUGUAUUCCUAUAAUUGAAGAGUAAACUGGCUUUUUAUUGUUUAUUUAUAAUUGAUCAGUUUUCGUUUUGAUUUGCUAUUCCAAAGUUGUGGUUGUUAACAAUAAAUCGAUCUGUUAUGGGC